GUGUGAACUGUGCCCUCCUUCAGGGCUUCUCUCGCGCAACACAGAUACCGUUUCCUCGCGCAUCUCCUUGCACAGUGUCGCGCGCAAAGCGCGAGGGCCCCUCGCAGAGAGACAGACGUCACUGCUGUCAGUUUGUGGACGUUCGUCACAUUGGUGGGUUUCAGUUCGAUUGAGAUGCUGCUCAAAGCGUCCUCACAGAGCGCCUCGUUUUCUCGUCUUUCGUUUUAAACGACGACUAACGGUGAAGACCAAAACGGGAAUGAAUCACGGAAAGCGACAAUCUAACGGUGGAAAGAAGGAGAAGACGUCGCCGGAAUGACCCCUCACAAAGAGACGCGAUUCCUCGCGCUGCGCUCGUGAAGCUCAUUCAAAGGAUUCAAAGGGGCGCGCGAUCGAGCGGUUCUCGCGCACAACCAGCCGUCAAUUAUGCCGGUGCGACGAGGUCACGUCGCUCCACAGAACACAUUUCUCGGGAUUAUUAUCCGCAAAUUCGAGGGUCAAAACAAGAGAUUUGUCAUAGCCAAUGCACGCGUCCAGAACUGUGCCAUCAUCUACUGCAAUGAUGCCUUCUGUGAGAUGACAGGGUUUUCCAGGCCGGACAUCAUGCAGAAGCCGUGCACCUGCGACUUCCUGCACGGACAGCUGACCAAGCGGCAUGCUAUUGCGCAGGUAGCACAGGCUCUCAUGGGCUCGGAGGAACGCAAAGUGGAGAUCACCUACCACCGCAAGGACGGAUCAGACUUCCUGUGUGCGACACACAUCAUUCCAGUGAAGAACGAAGAGGGUGUUGUCAUGAUGUUCAUCUUGAGCUUUGAUUACGUGCUAAAGGAGGGUAGCAUGGAUUCACUAGACCGACUCAACCACACCUCCCCAUCCAAACAAGAACAAAGAAUGGAUGGAGAGGUGUGCAGGAAGAAAUAUGGAGAAGGCAGAGGAAGAGAGAAAGAAAAAGGACGUUUCUUCCGUUUUCGUCUGCCUGCGCCACUAAGCAUGCUGGGAGUGAGUAAGCAAUCCCUACCCCAAGAAGACCCGGAUGAGGUGACCAUCCAUUCGGCUGAUCAGAAUGAGAAACGCUCUUCUUGUUCGUCAUCUCUCUCCCUUUCCCUCUCUCCACGUGAACUCCAUCCACCAACCGGUGAGAGCUGUAGCCCCUCCUACGGAAACGACACCCGGGCUCUGAUUGGCCAGAGUUAUCUGGGGUCAUGCUCGCCGAUCUCAGGGCCACAGGAUCACUCGUCUCCACGGGUCCCCUGGGAACGGGUGGACCCCCAGGAGCCUUUGCCGACUGCAUCCAGGAGGGCAUCACAGGCCAGUAUGUGCACGUUUAGGAGAGCAUCAUCUACACAAGAUUUAGAAGGACUUAGCACGCACACACAGAGGACGUACCGUGAUCGCCAUGCUAGCGAAGAUAAUGGGCGUAGUAUUAAAGUGUCGCGCUCUUGGAUGGCUGGGGGUCCAUUUAAUCAGAUCAAGUCCAGCCUUCUGGGCUCCACGUCUGACUCAAACCUCACUAAGUACAGCACCAUCAACAAGAUCCCUCUCAUCACUCUGAACUUCUCAGAGACAAACAAUGACAAGCGGGCAUCAUCUCCGCAUUCCUCAGAGAAAACCAUCAUCGCACCAAAGGUCAAAGAUCGGACACACAACGUCACAGAGAAGGUCACACAGGUGUUGUCGCUAGGUGCCGACGUGCUUCCAGAGUAUAAGCUUCAGACACCACGCAUCAACAAGUUCACCAUUUUACACUACAGCCCCUUUAAGGCAGUCUGGGAUUGGCUGAUUCUGCUGCUAGUCAUCUACACCGCUAUUUUCACACCCUACAGUGCGGCCUUCCUGCUCAAUGACCUGGAGGAGGAGAGGAGACGUGAGUGUGGUUAUUCCUGCAGUCCUCUCAAUGUGGUGGACCUCAUAGUGGACAUUAUGUUUAUCGUAGACAUUCUUAUCAAUUUCCGGACUACGUACGUCAACGCCAACGAGGAGGUGGUCAGCCAUCCGGCUAAGAUAGCUGUGCAUUACUUCAAGGGGUGGUUCUUCAUAGACAUGGUGGCAGCCAUACCCUUUGACCUGCUCAUAUUUGAGGCAGGAUCAGAAGAGACCACGACUCUGAUUGGACUACUGAAGACUGCCAGACUGCUCCGAUUGGUCCGAGUGGCACGGAAGCUGGACCGUUACUCAGAGUAUGGGGCGGCUGUCCUCAUGCUCCUCAUGUGUAUAUUUGCGCUGAUUGCUCAUUGGUUGGCUUGCAUAUGGUAUGCAAUCGGCAAUGUGGAGAGGCCCUAUCUGGCGCACACGAUUGGCUGGUUGGAUAAUCUGGGCAUGUCCAUUGGCAAGCAGUACAACGUCAGUGACCGCUCCUCGGGCCCCUCAAUCAGGGACAAGUAUGUGACAGCUCUGUAUUUCACAUUCAGCAGUCUGACCAGCGUGGGCUUUGGAAAUGUGUCGCCAAAUACCAACUCAGAGAAGAUCUUCUCCAUCUGUGUCAUGCUCAUUGGCUCUCUGAUGUAUGCUAGUAUCUUUGGGAAUGUGUCUGCUAUAAUUCAGCGACUGUACUCUGGAACAGCUCGGUACCAUCUGCAGAUGCUUCGGGUCAAAGAAUUCAUUCGCUUCCAUCAGAUCCCUAACCCGCUGAGACAAAGACUGGAGGAGUACUUCCAACACGCGUGGACUUACACCAAUGGCAUCGACAUGAACAUGGAGGUACUGAAGGGCUUUCCAGAGUGCCUGCAGGCUGAUAUCUGUCUUCAUCUGAAUACAAGUUUGCUCCAGAGUUGCAAGGCAUUCCGUGGAGCAACCAAAGGAUGUCUGCGAGCACUGGCGAUGCGCUUUAAGACCACCCAUGCCCCACCAGGUGACACGCUGGUGCAUUGUGGGGACGUUCUCACAGCCCUCUACUUUCUCGCCAGGGGAUCCAUCGAGAUUCUGAGAGACGACAUAGUGGUGGCUAUCCUGGGUAAGAAUGAUAUUUUUGGAGAGAUGAUUCAUCUGUACGCCAAGCCAGGGAAAGCCAACGCAGAUGUUCGAGCGCUGAGCUACUGCGACCUGCACACCAUCCACAGAGAGGAUCUUCUGGAGGUCCUGGACAUGUAUCCUGAAUUCUCUGACUACUUCCUGUCCAAUCUGGAGCUCACGUUCAACCUGCGCGAUGAGAACACCAAGGGUGCCACGGCUCCUCACAGGAACCUUUACACGGCCGUGAGUGACUCCGACACUGAAGACCCUGACGUCAGGACUAAACCCUGCUUUAAAAGGAACCACUCUUCAGGUUCUCCGAGCAGACCGAGCGGGACAGACCGGGAGAGGGGAAGAGAUCGAGAGGUUCGCACAUUGCCUGGAGAGGAGGAAGAGGAGAAGGAGGAAGAGGAGGGUGAGGAAGAGACAGCGAGGCCUUUGAGUUUGGGUCAAUCCCUUCCUUACAACCUGAACACCAUCCCUGACACAUACACUAAAGAUUGUGUUGAAAACAGUCUGUUCCAUAAAGAUGUGCGUGUUGAAGAAUGGCCUUGUGGGAAUGCAGAUGACUCAGCGAAAUCUCAGGACAGAGAAGGAGGAGACGACUGUGAAAGUGACAUCACAUUUGGUGAAAUGGAGCAAAGACUGGAUCUACUACAGGAACACCUGAACAGGCUGGAAGCGCAGAUGACAUCGGACAUCCAGGCUAUUUUACAGUUGCUCCAGAGGCAGAGCGCUCUGGGACCUCCAGCGUACAGCACUGUGGCCGUCAGCCCGGAGUACCACAAACCCGUGCAGCCCGUCACCGCCAUACAGACACAGAGUCCUGAUCUAGAGAACGCCUACAAAGCCAAAGACUCCACGCCUGCCGUUGCCAUGGAGAUGACCUCUGAUGUCAGCACGGCAUCUCCGUUGGUGACAGACCCGGAGUGGGAGGCGGAGCUGAAACCACUGGAAAAUGAGCCUUCUGCGUCACAGCAGCCAAGAUCUUUCCAAAUGUCAACCAGACAAGCGUCUCUCCCAGAUUCGUCACCCGGAGGCGGAUUGACGCCGGGUCUCCACAGGCCCUCCUCUGAUCCUGGACUUCCAGGGCAGUAACAUAAGGUCAAAGUUUUUGAUGGUAAUGAAGCAGAGUACAGUAAGAGCAGUGUUUAAUAAUGAGGUUUGAGUUCUAAUAUUCCUCAUAGAGGAAUCACUCCUGUAUGCUUUCAUGUAACUAUGCAUAGACAGAACAAACUACAGUAAACUCAGCCUCCUCCCUUCAAAACAACCGCAGCUCCAGCUAGACUCAGGGUAGAGAACAUGAAACCGAAGAGUCAUAUGCAAAGAACCUUCCAUGUCCCUUAUAGUUACCUUCAAAAAUGUUGUAGUCAAACAAAAGCAGGUGAACAGAUGCAUUAAUGCAGCACGAAUCAGUUUAAAGGUUGUUCAUAUUUGUAAAUAAUAUAUAAAUAGAGCGGUGUUCAGGAAAUAACGUACUGGACAUACAACCAUGUUAAUGAAAGAAAGAUGCAUGCUAGGGCAAAAAAAUGCAGUGUUUGUUUAUUUUUUUGCAUG